AUGGGAACCGGUGGAAAACAUUCCCGAGUUGUUACGUCGAAACCCGGAUCUGAGGGUGCGGGAAAAUGGGGCGACUAUAGAAACUGUGACCUACCGAUGUGGACAUUGCAAAAUGCGCUGGAGCACAUCUCUAAGCAUGAAAAGUUUGACUACAUUAUGUGGACAGGGGACCAACCACCGCAUGAUGUCUGGAUGCAGACACAUGAGAGUCAGUUAGCUAUCAUCCGUAAUGUAACUGAGCUGAUGCUGCAGUACUUCCCUGGAAAACCCUUCUUGCCUGCACUUGGAAAUCACGAAGGAAACCCAAUGAACAGUUUCCUUCCAGACUACGUCACUGGAAACGAUUCCAUGGCUUGGCUGUAUGACGUUCUGGCAGAGACAUGGACAGCCAGUUGGCUUCCUAGCAGUGUCAAAACCUCUGUCAAACAUGGCGCCUACUAUUCCGUUCAGCUGAGCAAGAAACUUAGGCUGCUAUCACUGAAUAUGAACUACUGCUAUGCCUUGGACUGCCCCCUGGUCCAUAUUAUCGGCCACAUUCCACCAGGAACUAAUGACUGCUUAAAAGCGUGGAGUAACAACUACUAUAAGAUAAUCAACAAGUACGAGAGCACGGUGAGGGCUCAGUUCUUCGGACACACGCACCGCGACCACUUCCAGCUGUUCUACGACGACGCGGCGGCGGAGGACCAGCCGCGGCGCGCCACCGCCGUCGCCUACAUCGCUCCGUCGCUGACACCCUACACUCAGAUGAACAUCGGCUACCGCGUCUACACACUAGAUGGCGCUCACGCGGCGAGCUCGCACAUCGUGCUCGACCAUUCGACUCGACGUCGCCACAUUCAGUGAGCUGAACCGCAGCGCCGGUGGCGACGUCGAGUGGCAGC